AUGGUCAACAAGGCCAAAACAAAUUAUACAGAAAAGAAUGUCGGUGGCUUAAAAUCGUUAAAAUAUAUAUUAAGUUCUAUUUUCGGAGUUUCCAGCCACACUCACUUGCUCCUUCGAUUCACUGCCGUUGUUUUCUUCGCAAUCGUCCAAAUCAUCUCUUUCCGGCAACCGGCAACACCGUUCAAGGUUUUUCAUCAAUUCAAUUUACCAAUCCACCUCAUAAAGGUUCAAAUUGCUUUUCCAUCACUUUUCAACCUUUUUGUUUUAAAAUAUGGCUUCUGUAGCUCAGAUAGAAAACUCCUUUCCAAAUCCUCCCUAAACUUUACGUUUCCCUCCCUAAAAUCAAAGUCCUUUAGCCCUAACUUACUACCUGAAUUCCAACCACUUCUCUGUGGUGCUGGUGGCGGCAACCAUGGCAACAAUGGGGGAGGAAAUGAUGGCCGUCAUGGUGGAGGUGGAGGUGGAGAUGGAAAAUCCGAUGAUUCACCUCAAUCUGAUAGUUUUGGACCAAUUGGGGCCUUUCUUAGCGGGUGGAGAUCAAGAGUUGCUGCUGAUCCCCAGUUUCCAUUCAAGAUCCUAAUGGAAGAACUGGUGGGCGUGAGUGCAGCUGUUCUUGGUGACAUGGCAACCCGUCCAAAUUUUGGGCUCAAUGAACUCGAUUUUGUGUUUUCCACACUUGUAGUAGGUUCAAUUCUUAAUUUCACCCUUAUGUAUCUAUUAGCACCCACUAUGUCUUCUUCAUCAAUUUCCCUUCCUUUCAUAUUCGCCAAUUCCCCUACAAGCCACAUGUUUGAGCCUGGUUCAUAUACUCUCAUGAAUCGUUUAGGAACCCUAGUUUACAAAGGAACUCUAUUUGCAGCCGUUGGAUUAGCUGCAGGGUUAGCAGGAACUGCUCUCUCCAAUGGCUUGAUCAAGAUGAGGAAGAAGAUGGAUCCAAACUUUGAAUCACCAAACAAACCUCCACCCAUGUUUUUAAAUGCCAUAACUUGGGCAAUGCAUAUGGGUGUAAGCAGUAAUCUUAGGUACCAAACUUUGAAUGGAAUCGAGUUCUUGUUGCAAAAAGGUCUCCCAACUGUUUUCUUCAAGACCUCUGUGGUUGGAUUGAGAUUGGUGAACAAUGUUCUUGGAGGGAUGACAUUUGUGAUGUUGGCAAGGGCAACAGGGUCACAGAGCUCUGGUAUUGAAAAGAAGAUAAGUAGCAAUCUUGAUGAAGAGGUUCCACAUUCAGAUUAA